AUGACAUCGAUACCGAAAAACGUAAAAUUGCGCCGAGAACUUGGUCUUUUCAGCGCAGUCUGUCUCAUUAUCAGCGUAAUGUUGGGAUCGGGAAUAUUUGUGUCUCCGGCCAAUGCCUUAAAGAACACAGGAUCUGUUGGCAUGUGUCUGGUAAUUUGGAUGUCUUGCGGACUGUUAUCGCUUUUGGGUGCCAUGUCGUACGCCGAACUCGGCACGGUGGUCAAUAAAUCUGGAGGCGAGUUCAGUUUCUAUCAGUCUGCAUUCGCCGACAUGCACAAGUUCUGGGGACCUCUGCCCAGUUUCAUAUACUCUUGGGUGAGCAUCAUGUACGUUCGCCCGGCCGAGGUGGCCAUCAUUAUAUUGACGUUCGCCGAAUACUUCAUCCGGCCGUUCAGCAUUUUGAGUUCCAUGACGCCCGAAACCGAACAUAUGGUGAAGAAGACCGUCAGCAUACUCGCACUCGGUAUCAUAACUUUCAUCAACUACACUAGUGUCAAGUGUUUCAUAAAAAUCCAAAACGUGUUCACUGUGUGUAAAGUCACCGCCUGCAUAGUUGUCAUAGGUGGUGGACUAUAUCAACUCUACCAGGGAAAUACCAAGAAUUUGAUGACUGGAUUCGAAGGAACAACGUUAUCCAUAGACACACUCCCGAUAGCCUUUUACAGCGGCCUUUGGGCGUAUGACGGAUGGACCGCUACAACCGUGGUGUCGGAGGAAAUCAAGAACCCUCGAAGGAACAUACUGCUCAGUAUUCUUUUGGCUGUACCGUUUGUCACCAUGAUUUAUGUUCUGAUGAACGUGUCGUACUUGACAGUUCUGUCGGUCGCGGAAAUGACUUCAGUCCAGGCGGUAGCGGUAGAAUUCGGAACUCGAGCACUGGGAAGUUUUAGUUUUAUAAUUCCACUCGGCGUAGCCACGGCGACUUUCGGCUGUGCCCUUAGUGUCCAAUUCGGAAUAACCAGGUUGUGCUUUGCCGCGAGUAGAGAAGGUCAAAUGUUGGAAGUCUUCUCUUACGUGAGCGUAAAAAAGCUGACGCCCGCUCCCGCUGUCGUUUUACAGGGUUUGCUCACGUUAAUUUGUCUGUUGUGUGGAGACAUUGUGGUGUUAAUAGAGUUCGCUAGCUUCUUAGUGUGGAUGUUCUACGGUAUCUCCAUGGCGGCAUUGUUAGUGAUGCGUUAUACCAAGAGAGACGUUAAACGUCCAUUCAAAGUACCAAUCGUCAUUCCAAUAUUCGUGCUCAUCGUGUCCACCGUUUUGUUCAUCACACCCAUUCUCAACGAUCCCAAGCCACAGUUCCUCAUUGGUCUUGUGUUCAUUCUGUCGGCGUUUUUGAUAUACAUUCCAUUUGUGUACCAGAAAAAGAGGUUAUCGAUAGUCGAUAACUUCACGAAGUUCAUUCAAGUAUUAAUGGUGGUUGUGCCGCCGGAGAAAGAUGAAACGGAUGCUGAGGAAAAUUGCAGCGUGAAAGACGACGAAGGCGAAACUGAGGCACCAAUGAUCGCCGCGGUGGUAUAA